CCGAGUCAGCAUCGACUGAUCCAAUUACUGAAUACUUCGCAAGUCACAACCCUACUUGCUGAACGAUAUCUCGAUUAAAACGCUGCCCGAACUGGGUUAAACACCCCAAAUGGAAUCACCUUGAAGAUAUGUAUCUGUUGUUCGACGCAUGGCGACAGCGCAGCAUCAUGUCGGGCAUGACGGGAGCAAGCAUGCUGCGCACCAGGCGCAAGGAUGUCAAUGUCAAGCCCAACAGAAAGUUGGACCGAAAGUCCUCUCGGGGCAUGCUCUACGAGAACGAGGAGUUAAGGCUGCGCACCAUCAACAUAAAUGCAGAAGUAGAAAGAGGUCAAUCGGAUAUUAAGAAGUUGAAGAGAGAAAACGAGCAGUUAAAGCGAGAAAUAUCAGCACUUCGCUACGAGUACGAUCGUCUGGAUAGCAUGCUGCGCGAGCGACGCUCCUCGCCGGAGCAUUCGGACGACAGCGCGUCGGUGAGCAGCGCGUGCCCGGAGUGCGCCAGUGUGGACUCUGCGCGUGCUGUCGCCUUCCACGACCUCAGCGUCGUGCCUGAGGAGGCAGAGGAGGGGAACAAGAGCGGCAUUGAAUCUCCAUGCACCUGUGAGGAGUGUCGGAACGAUGCGACAUCAGAGGCCGCCCCGCGCCAGGACAGCGAGGACGUGACCUCGCACAACAUGGAGCGGCUAAACAAUGUCGACUCGCGACCCAAACUCGAAGACAAUGGACACGAGCGGACAGUUGACGUAAUUAUUCACGAUGCGCCCGAUAUGCCUAGAUACUUCCAGUCGGUGACGUCAUCGCCGUGUCACGUGCUCGCGCCCCCGCCGCCCGGCUUCGUGCUGGCGCCCGCCCCGCUCCCCCCCGCCGGCGCCGGCGCCCUGCACACCACAUACAUCCAGCAGAACUCCGUCAUCAUGUGCAACACGCGCCACGUGCUGCAGCGCCAGUGCUGCUGCCAGACGCCCCACACGCACGCCCCGCACGCCCCGCACGCCCCCCACGCUCCGCCCGACCUGCCGCCUGUCGACACACAGCCGCCCAAGUCCUACGUCACUGAAAAAAACAUAGAGCUGACGUACGACUACCCGCGCUCGACGCCCAUCCCCAGCAACUCCAGCCCGAAGUCCGGCGACGAGCUCACGACGACCACUGAGGUGGCCAGCACCGUCGUCUUCGUCGAGAGGCGGAUACCGGUAAAGCCGAAGAAGUUUGACUUCUUCUUCAGGUCGCGGUCGGCGCCCGUUGGCGAUCACGAGGAGCCGAUAUACGCAACCGUCAACAAGCUCCCCAAGAGGCUGCGGCGCAUGGAGCUCGCCAAUCUCGAGAAGGAAGUCGCCUACCGGGCGGCCGAGCCCGAUUCCUCUGUGCGGACUGAGGUCACGCUCAAAACUGACUCCGAGUCGCAGGCCCCGCCACCCGACGACGACACCAGCCGGUCGGAGAGAGAGAAGUCCUCCGCACCGCAGAGACCGGAGUCGCCGAAGGCAAAGAAGCGCAAACGCUUCUCGCUAACCUUCAAAAAGAGAGAGAGAAAAAGACGAGAUAAGAAAAAGGAGGCAAAAAACGGUUCGGCCAAGAACGGGGUGCAAGUGCCGCUGGAGAGCGACAACGAGCGGCUGCUGGAGGGCGCGGGCGAGGGCGAGGGGGCGCGGGCGCGGCGCUGCUCCCGCCACCGCCCGCGCGCCUCCACCGCAGGCCCGCGCUACAAGCGAGACAGCUAUCAGGAGAUGACGACAUCCCACUCAGAGCACGAGAGGACGAACAGCGUGUGCUCGUCUAUGAACUCACUGGGCUCUGCUUGCACGCACAAGUCGCGCAAGCUCUCCGCCGCGCCACAAGAUGGAGCCAUUCCCUGGUGCGGGUGCUGGGGGGCCGGCUGCGUGUAGAUACACGAGGGUAGAACAAGAAAUUAUGAAUGAAGACUAUUGCGUAUGCUACAUUGUUCAAUGUGCACAAGGACCAGAGAAUCUCAAAGAGGUCCAGAUGAUAAUGGUGUAGGUUUCACAAAUAAAAGAAUUAUAGCAACAGGAUGUUCUACGAAGCCAGAAGAAUUUUUAAAGGGACUACAAGAAUGAAAAGUUUUGAUAUCUCCGCUGUAUACUUUAUAAGAUGAACGAAAAUGGCGUCCGUGACAUCUGUUUAUAACCUCAAAAAUUACAAACGUGUCAAAAAUGUACAGAAUUUGUCUUCGUAUGACAAUUUUGUGGUUUGAUAUAUACCAGGUGCUUGGAUAUUCUGUGGACUCUUAAAUUAUUGGACAAUAGCUAGUGGAGUGAAUUUAGUUUAGAUUUUUAGAAAUCAUUUGUUAUCAUAUACAUAAAAAAUAGCAGAAUAUGUUGUUUCAGAAAGAAUGUUUUAUAUAAGUU